AUGGGUGAAGCGCCAAUUACCCCACCAUCGUCAUCGUCGCAACUUGCCCCACCUCCGCUACCUAGAACCAUAAGUCCGAGUAUUACGCUCCAGCCACCUCUUUCUAGACGCGGAAGAGGACCUGGACUGGUGCUUGUGUUGGAUCACUAUGCGGCGAGAGAAGCCAAGGACGGGUGUUUAGAUCCACCGCCACUACAGAAAUGGGCCGAGGAGGGGUUUGCAGUCGUGCAGCUGCUAGUCCCUGGCAAAGUUGAAGACGGUGGUGAAUUUCCUCUUCAAAAAGCCCUAGAAGCGUUGAAGAAUUGCAAAGGAUGCGAAUUCAGCAAUGGUGUUGGACUGAUAUCAUACCUAUCAAGAACUCCAUAUUACGUUGAGGAAGCCGCCGGUAGCACUCCAGACAUCAAAGCUCUUGUCUCCUACGGUGGCGGAAAAUUCACCACCGUCGGCUCAACACCACUUCCGCCCCAAUUAGUACACAUAGCGGGGCUACCAGAUACUCGUCGUCGUGAGUCAUGUUCACUGGUCCCAGGACCAUCUUCAGAAGAUACGACACCACCCCCGGAGAACGUUAUCAAGUCUUACCGAUACGAAGAUGCAAAGAAAGAAUCCGGAUGGAUACUCCCAAGCGAUGAGAGCUACCACAAGCGAAGCGCAGGUAUUGCGCACACAAGGAGUCUGACCUUUUUGAAGCCGUUGCUUGGUGGACCAUUCUUCGACCUGGAGGCGGUGUGGGAAGAGCAUACGAAAUUCGAGUUUGGGGAGAGAGAUGUCGCGAAAACAAUGGCGACAAUGGUGGACCAGCCGUAUGUCAAUCACAUACCGACCAUGACCGGAGGGGUGGGCCAAGAGCGACUCACAGCCUUUUACACUCACCACUUUAUCUUCAGCAACCCGCCCGAUACCGCCCUCUCUCUCGUCUCACGCACCGUAGGCACCGACCGCGUGAUUGACGAAUUCAUUUUCACCCUCACACACACCAAAGAAGUUCCCUGGUUUCUGCCCGGUAUCCCUCCGACCGGCAGGCCUCUCGCCAUUCCCUUCACCAGCGUCGUUGCCAUGCGCGGCGAUCGACUGUGUCACGAGCAUAUCAGCUGGGAUCAUGCGACGGCGCUCAAACAGUUGGGGCUAUUGCCGGAGUAUGUCCCUUUUCCAUUCGAGAUUGAGGGAGAGGCCAAACCGGAAGGGAAGAGGUACGAGGUCAAGUUGCCGGUUGUGGGGAUGGAAGGGAGUAGGAAGUUGGUGGAUGAGAGUUGUGAGGAGAGUAAUGCUUUGAUGGGUGGUAGGUGGCGAGUGGUUGACGAUGUUUGA